AUGAGUCGCCUCGACUCACGAAUCUCCUUUGGAGUCGACGCUCCCGGCAGAACUCGCAAUAUACCCGUACUAUCUUCCUCGGGCCAACACGCCAGAAUGGACAUCACCCCUCCCCCCCACGACGAUCGGGUCAAUGGCGCCGAGUCCAAUUCCCUCAAUGUCCCUAACCCGGCCAUCGGUGCGGCUGCCGCAGCGCAGCAGCCCAAGGUCGUCCAGACCGCGUUUAUUCACAAGCUCUACAAUAUGUUAGAGGACACCAGCAUCUCCCACUUGAUCUCCUGGUCGGGGACAAAUGAUAGUUUCGUGAUGUCGCCCACCUCUGAAUUCUCCAAAGUCCUAGCCUCGUACUUCAAGCACACUAAUAUCUCCUCCUUCGUCCGCCAGUUGAACAUGUAUGGGUUUCACAAAGUGAGCGAUGUAUUCCAUACCGGGUCUCCAGACUCGGCAUUGUGGGAGUUUAAGCACGGAAAUGGCAACUUCAAACGGGGUGAUCUAGCUGGCCUACGAGAGAUCAAGCGCCGCGCUUCCCGGCACGCCUUGAUUCACCGCGACUCCUUCCCCGGUCACAAAGCCGCCGUCUCGCAUCCUGGGACACCCGCCGAGCCCGUGCCCGAUGCGACCGAAGCUCGAUUCAUGAACCUCGAACACACCCUCUUUGAUAUGCAUGCACGAUUGUCCCGGGCGGAAGAGGGGAACAUGACGCUAAGCUCCAGGUGUCAGGCGAUGACGGAGAGUCUGACCAAAUGUUACCAAUGGACGCACUCUAUCUCCCGAUUUCUCCAGGCCGUGGUGCCGGACAGGGAAAGCCCUCUCUAUCGCGAUGUAUCGAGCAUGCAAAGGGAAGUCGAAAAGCACAUCGAGACUGUCCGCGCCCUGGAAACCCCCCACGAAGCGCUCAUGCCCUCCCGACAACCCUUUUUCGCCAACAUCGCUGAGACUGGCCCACCUCUGUCCCCGCGCCAAAUGCCUCAGGAUGAUCCUCGCCGACAGUCCAUGAUGGACCCUGCCCCUAGACCUAACAAUAUGAUCCGACCACCCGUUCCUCCUCACCUAUCAGCCUCCCCCCGCCGCUACGGUUCCAUCGGCGGCGCCAAUUCCACCACAUACGCUCGACCGCAACCCCCCGCCGCGGCACCCCCUCCACAACCAACCCCUCAUCCCCUCUCCGUCUCAACUUCUCCCGGACCCAGUCUCGCCCGGCGCCACACAUCUGCCGAUAUACGCCAACAUGGCUGGCCGCCAUCGGCUGGCUCUCCCUAUCCUCCCGGUCCUAUGCCCAGUGGCCCGUGGCCACCCUCCCCAGGACAGCAGACCCCAGCAUCCAGUGACCAACAGGUCCGCGAUGUCCUCGCCCAAUAUGAGAUGGGCGCUCCCCGUCGCCUUCAAGAACAGUCUCGCAACCCCACCCCUCCCAUCGCCGAGCCCUCACCAUCUAUGCUCGGCGUUGAUAAUGGCUGGACGAUUGGAGGCUCCCGAUUCCCACACGGCUCAUCAUUGCCUGCCACCCGUCGGUCCAGCAUGGCGAGCAACGUGCAUUCAUUGCUCAAUCCUGCCGAUACAGCCGAAAGACCCGACGAGGACCAGCAAGCCAUGGCAGACGACCGGAAACGGAAGCGGCUUGAAUAG